AGAUUAUGAUCCAAAAGUGGUGGAACAGAAAGAGCAGGCCCAACCGGCUUGUCUGCCGCUGAGCUAUGUUUUACGAUUUAUAUCGGACGAUGCACGUAAAGAAAGUCCCUUUCUCACGGCAAAUGCAGCGGGCGUUGAACUUAAACGCAAACUUGCGAUUAAACAUCACAGCUAUAGCAUGUCUUCAUCAAAUCGCAGUAAUACGCCUACCGGCAGUGAAAUGGAUGAAGAUGAAAUGGUUGUUUCUGAAUCAGAGGAUAGCAAUGAUUCGUGGACAACCGAAGAAUUUAGUUCUGAAUUCAUAAUGCGCUAUGGCAGCAGGCAUUCCGGAUCCGGCAGCAAUGGCACUCCCGGCAAUGAAAAACCAUUUGCCUGUCCUGUUCCGGGGUGUAAAAAACGCUAUAAAAAUGUGAAUGGCAUUAAAUAUCAUUCGAAGAAUGGCCAUAAAAAGGACGGCAAAGUACGCAAGGGCUAUAAAUGUCAUUGUGGCAAAAGCUAUAAGACUGCCCAAGGUUUGAAAAGCCAUGCUUUGGUGGCACACAAUUCCUCGCCCGAGAAUGUGUUGGCAACGCAAAAUUUGGGUAGCGUGCUGACCACCACUAGCGGCGGUAUACUCCUGCAACGCAGUAGCUCUCCGUCACAGUCGUUGGGUUCAUUAAGUCCGUCUAGUAUUAGCAACAUGUCUAGCGGUGCAAGUAGUUGCCAUGGCAGCGGUGGACAUUUCUCAAAUAGCAACAGCUCCACAGUUGGCUCUACGGCUUGUGUGGGCCAAGCUAUUAAUGGAACAACUCUAAACAUACAACCUCAACAGCAGCAGCAACAAUACACAACAACUGCCAAUAAUCAUCAGCAACAAGUUGUUACUGCUGGAGGAGUUUCAAGCGGUGUUGCAGUACAAUCGUCACUGACGGGUUCUAUAGCGGCGUCUGCUGCAGCCUCUGUAACACAUAAUACAACGGCAACAGGUAACAGCAACAAUUUAAUGCGCAACACCAUUAAUUUGGUGUCAUUGAAAACCCAUAACAGUGGCAACAUCAACCACAACGGUAAUAAUGGUAAUGGUAUUAACAACAUUACCACCGCGACGUUAGCUACUACGAAAACAGCAGCGGCCACAAAUCUAUUGGCUGCUAAUGCUGCUGCUAGUAAAAUUUUAAAAUUAGCCACUAAUGUUGCUGCCGCUGCUGCGAAUAAUAAUGCCACCACCAGUGCUACUAGUGGUGUAACAUCGAUGGUGGUUGAUCAACAGCAGUUUUUAAGUAAACAGCAAACGGUAACAGCGACAGCAACAACUACUAAAAUAACUUUACCAAAUUUGGUAAAUUUAGGUAUUUUAACGCCGGCAACAUCGCCAACAAAAACUACACAAUCGUUAACAUUUACGCAACAACAGCAUCACCAUCACCAGCAGCAGCAACAACAGACGCUUACCAAUGCUCUGAAUAGUUUAACAACAGCAACGCAUAUAAUGCAACAACAGCAGCAAAAAACGAUGCAAACAAAUUCUAAUAAUUCGUCUACUACUAACAACAACAAUAACCAUCUAACAACUACAAAUAAAAAUAAUAUAUUGCUUGUUGAACAACAUCAACAACAGCAACAACAACUCCAAACACAAUCUCAAUCAUCAACAUCAUCAUCAUCACAACAUCAACAACAUCUUCCAUUAACUCCCAUUAGUCCAAAUAGUGUAAGUUUACAACAACAGAAACAAAAUGCUGUUGCUGUAGCAAAUGUUUUAAAUGCCACUCUACAACAACAUAAAAAUAAACAGCAGCAGCAGCAACAGCAACACCAGCAACAACAAAUUGUUGGUAGCAUACAUUUAACACAAAUUACCAGCAAUGGCAAUGCUAGUGCUAAUGCUAAUAAACAACAUAUAACAACAGCUGGCUCCUCCACCUCGCCAUCACCAUCAAACAUUAAUUCACCUAAUAAUAGUUCUAAUGGUGGUGGUAGUGGUGGUGGCGGCAGCAGCGGUAGUAGUAGUAUUGUUUGUUCACCCACUUCACACAGUUCGUCCUCAGACGUUAUGUCUUUAACUGUUGCCGUUGCUGAUGCUGGUGUUGGUUCUAUUAGCGAGGAAACGUACCUAUUAAACAAGUCCUCCUCCUCUCCUUUUAGUGGACAAUUGUUAGCCACAGCUAUACAACAGCGUAGUCUUGCAUCCGCUACUGGUGGCGGUGGUUUUAGUGGUAGUGGUGCUGGAGGUGGUGGUGGUGGUAGUAUUAUAAACAAUAAUACAAAUUGCUUUUAUGCUGCUACAGCUCCUGCAACACCAACAGCAAACUUACCACUUAAUGCAAAUGUCACUGCUACAGCUACUGCUGCCACAUUAACACAAUUACCACCUGCCGCCAUAUCACCGACAUUUAUUGAACACAAAUAUUCGGCAAAUACAUUUAAAGAGAAAUUUUUUGCCAAUUUGCGACAACAAAAUUUAAAUAAAAUAAAAACCUUGAAAACCAACAACAGUAUUAAGAAAUCCGAAUAUGAUCAUAAUGAUGAUAACAAUGUAACGACAAACUCUUUAAGAAGUCUAGAUAUUGUUGCCAGUAAUGAAACUGGCAUCAUUUGUGGUAGUGUUAAUAACAAUAAUAAUGAUGAUGUUGACAGUGGUAGAGGUGGUGGUGGUGGUGGUAUCAAUAACGAAGCUGGUGUUGGUGGUGAAGGUGAAGGUGUAAAUAGCAGUAAUAACAAUAUAAAUAAUCAUCAAACGGAUAUGUGUUCGACGAUACAAAAACAAUUAACGGAAAAUGUUAAACAUAAUUUAUAUAAAAAACGUAUGGUUCAAUUGGAGCGUUAUCAUCAACGUAUUUCCACUGAGGCUGCCUAUGGUAGUUUACCUUUAGAUUUAAAUUAUGAACCCAUAGAUGGCCCACCACCACAAUUGGAACAGAACUCGCGAGUCACUUUGGCAGCACUUUUAGAAGUUUGUUGGUUGCGUACUAUUUACACGUUCAAUCGUUUGCAAUGCGAUUUAUCUUGUUCUAUGGCCGUUUUACUGUUUGGUAUAUUGGCUACAUUUUUUUCAACGUAUUUAAAUCUUUUCCAGAUCAACGAACUUUUUCGCAAUAAUUCACCCUGUUUUCAUAAUUUAACUACAGGCAAUAGUGAUUAA